AUGUGGCCAGCAAUUUUAAUAACAUUCGUAAUAUCUAUAUCACUUAAUCUGACAGCAUCUACUUCACCUUAUUCUUUUAUUUCUCAUCUUCCUUCCUACAGCGUUCAAUUCGCAAGGAGAACGUUUGUCACCCCAGACGAGGCCAAUCAGAUAUUAAAAGCUGGUGAAAUAAACUUAGAUACCUACGCAUUAGACGUUAGUCAGCCAUUAAAGAUAGCUGAUGUCGCUUUGAGAGAGCCGGUAAUACCACUCAACCCCUUCGAACAUUCAACCCCUCAUCGCUUUCAAUUAUACCCUGACUACAGCUUCAUUUGCGUCGUUCCUUCUGAUAAAGAAUCGGAGCCGGCUGCCACACCUGAAAGUCAUACAGUUAGCGUGCAAGACGUUUGUAGGAUUUUAGAUACCAUUAGGGAGGAGUGUACAUUGUUCACUUCAGGAAAAUGGUGGACAUAUAGAGUCUGCUUCAAUGGCGCUAUAAAGCAAUUCCACGCCAAUCGUACGCCAUUGUUUUCAGAUGAUCGUAAAGAAUUGAGUUGGAAGGUGGAAUUCGAUGACAAGGUGCCUUCUUACAUCCUUGGACGUUCUCCGGUUCAAGCGUCCACAAAUGCAGACGUGACUAAAGAUAUAACCAAGGUAGACAAGACACCUGCAAAUCCAACAUUGAAGAUAUUAGGUGAUGGUUUUCAGAAGUAUGCGGUUGAGGAAUGGGGCAAUGGUACAUUUUGCGAUAAGACUGGUGAGCCGAGAAGUACAGCAGUUGAGUACUAUUGCGCUCCAGGUGUUUUAAAUCCAAGGAUAAUCUCAAUACAUGAAGUAACAACGUGUAACUAUGUCGUUCAAGUGGAAUCAGGUCAAUUAUGUGAAUUAAUUUCAUUCAAUCAUAUGAAUCUUAAAGGGAAAGUCAAGGAGAUUGAAUGUAUACCAAUUCUAGAGCAUGGUAGCAUAUGGCCUGAUUUACUUGUCGAAGAUGAGGAGUUUAUUGUAGGUGAUCAAGUAGAGGUACCUGAUCAUAGCAAAAGCUUAGACACACGAAGUAAAGAGGAUCUCAUUGAAUUAAUUGCACAUUCACAAAUCAUAUAA